AUGGCCUCCCACCAGCAGCCCUUGGGAGCGGGCUUACUUCCAUCGUUCGCUUCGAUGUCCGCGUCAUCCACUUCUACCCCGUUUACCCUCGCCUCCUAUCCGUCACAGUCCCAUUUCGCAACACCCACUUCUACCUCUAUACCCAAUAGGGGAAAUUCCAACCAAGGGGAUAUGCACCAGUGGUCGUCGCUAAUCGGCAUUGUCACGGCUUUGAUCGGAAAUGUUCUGAUUUCUUUGGCGCUGAACAUCCAGCGCUAUGCGCACAUCCGAAUCUCCCGUGAAUAUGAACUCGAUAAGCUCCACAAAGAAGAUGACUGGCGGCGAACGCGAUCAGGGGAAGGGUCAUCGGAUUCAUACGGGACCGUUAGAGGGGAUGGGAGUCAGACUCGUGGUCGGCCGAGAUUGCCGCCGCAGAACCGUCGCCGUAGCAGCGAACGUCGUGAGUUCGAGGCGUAUCGUGAUGACGAGAAUGAUACCGUCCCUGGCCGUCGCAAUGGUAAUUCGACGUCGGAAGACCGCAUGCGUGACUCCUUUACGUCCGAUCGCACCGCUCGCCCCGACGACUCGGAUGGCCGCAAGUCUUAUCUCAAGUCGCCAUAUUGGUGGGUUGGUAUCAUCUUGAUGUGUCUUGGAGAGACAGGCAAUUUCAUGGCAUAUGGCUUUGCACCGGCAUCGAUUGUGUCACCACUUGGUGUGGUAGCUUUGAUCUCGAACUGCAUCAUUGCACCAUGUUUGCUCAAGGAACAAUUCCGAGGCCGAGACUUUUGGGGCGUACUGGUCUCUAUUGCCGGUGCCGUGGUUGUUGUUCUCAGUGCCAAAUCGUCCGAGGAGAAACUUGGUCCUGAAGAAAUCUGGGCAAGAAUUACCACCUGGGAGUUUGAGCUUUAUCUGGGACUGACUAUUGGGUUGAUCGCUGUUUUUAUGUGGGGUAGCUAUCGAUAUGGUCCUCGCUCAAUUUUGAUCGAUGUUGGACUAGUCGCGCUUUUUGGUGGAUACACAGCUUUGUCUACUAAGGGUGUCUCCUCCCUCUUGUCAUUUACCCUGUGGCACGUCAUCACGUAUCCCAUCACAUACCUACUUGUGUUCGUUUUGAUAUCCAGUGCAUUGAUGCAGAUUCGAUACAUUAACCGUGCUCUGCAACGUUUUGAUUCCACACAAGUGAUUCCAACCCAAUUUGUGCUUUUUACCCUCUCUGUGAUUAUUGGAAGUGCAGUGCUCUAUCGUGAUUUCGAAUCCAUGUCCAUUGCCCGUGCAGGAAAGUUCGUGGGAGGAUGUCUGAUGACUUUCCUCGGAGUUUAUUUCAUCACGAGCGGUAGAGUUGGCUCUGAUGGCGAGUCUACAUUCUCAACCGAAGACGAGGAAGAGGCAAUUGGGUUGCUGAAUGGUGAAAGAUACCGUGACAGGGUCGAUAUGUCUCCUCCAGCUCAGCCAUUGAGAGCAGCAAAGGCAUUGCAGACACCUCAGAUUGGUUUCGAUGGCGCCGAGUCCCCUGCAGGAUCUCUAACUAGCCAAGGCAUGGAAGGAGUUGAUGACAAUGGCACCACGCCGAGAGGUGUUCUUUCAGCGGCGCCAUCUUCACCAACGGGCUCCUUGACUGCUGAUGCUGAUUCGGCCCUCUCGGGCCCGUCAUUUGAGAACCCUUCACCACUGCGCCCUCCAUCUCAUAUGUCUAAUCCUUGGGCAGAGUUUCAGGAUCGAGCUCCCGCGUCCCCAAAAUCUGAUCCUGAGCCCCACCGCCCGAUGACCCCUCCCGCACAUGGUGAAGCCACAGGCCAGGAAUCAACGGUGCUUCUUCAAUUUCCUCCCGCCCCAGGAAUAGACGACCUAUCACCUGGUGCUAAUACUACGGCUCUUCGAAGAGCGUCGACACCUGCUGGAGGCGAUUCGCCUCAACUUGGUGAGAGAGUCCGGGCGACUCUUGAAACUCCUUCAAAACGUGCCUUGCGCAAUUCGAUUUCAAAUCGAUUCUCCCCUGGUCCACUUCUUCCCACACUUUCCGGUGGCUUCAGUGCCGUGGUUGCUGAAUCUCUCCGACGCGGUGAAGGUAGCCCUUACAAGGAUCGUUCUGGUAGACGGAAAGCUGGACGCCGAAGACAAGUAGACGGUGUAUUUGGAGACGCUUUGUACCGAGACCAUGAUGGAGAUGUAGGCCCUCUUGGCGAGACCGAAGGGCUUGACACUCCUCUUACACUAGCUACAGCACGACUUCAGUCCGCUACGAACCAAGUUGAUCCAUCCGCGGAGGCUGGCCGCUCCACUCCCGCCCUUGCUACAGAGAUUUACAACACGCCAAGUCCGAAACUAGACGACGAGGUUACUCGUCUUCGCAGCUUCAGCGAUUCGUGGAGUGGUGGGCUCGCUUGGCUAGGUGGUGCAUUGCGAAAGACUUCACAUAACGAGAACGUUGAUAGCAGUGCAGUGACGCAAGGAUCUGCGACGCCCCAGGACGGCGAAACACCGGCUGGUCAAAGCGGUGCCCACCAUAGCACCAAUGUCGAUCCUGAAUCUCGAUCUAACAGCAAAGGGGGAGCUUCUCACACCCUACAGAGUUAA